AUGAGCGGCAGCGCCCGCACCGUUUGCCCACAUCGGGCAGCGAGCCAACGCCUGCUCCACUUGGAAGCGAUUUCGUUGUUUUUGAAGGGGGAAGAGGGAGACCCUGCGCGGGUUAUGCCUUGCCCUGCCUCGGGCGAGGGCCGCGCACAGCAUCGAGGUGUGGCACUGGGGCGCCUCUCCGGCGUCUCACCCUACACUCCACUAGGUGCAACACAAAGCGUGCACGCCUACUGCGGGAAUUCCGAUAGGCAGUCUGCCGGAAGAUGCCCUGUUGGAGGCGAAGCUGCAUCCCGUCACUGA